AUGACAAGAAACUUUUCGGUUGCGGUUUUCAUAUUUUUGAUAAUAUCACAAGCAAAUUACACAAAUGGCGAGGAAGGAGAAGGAUGUGGACAAAGUUGCACAACGCCGGACGACUGCCCCGGUGUAUUGAUUUGCAGUAACGGCAAGUGCAUUGAUGACCCCAACGUGGUAAGCCCCAUUUGCGGCGGUGGCGGCGAGGGAGAGUGCAAGUCGAAGGGGAGUAUGAACGGAAAAAACCCUCCUUCAGAGGAUGCUUGUAACACCGACAUCGGAGUGGAAUGUUGCAGCGCCUCCAAGACUUACCCUAUCUUCGACUGCUCCCCCACCGUCUCCUCUGCAACCCCGGGAAUACUCACUCUCAAUGACUUUUCUGAAGGAGAAUACCCCAGCUGUGAUGGUAGAUUCCACACGAAGAAUGAGCACGUGGUGGCGCUUUCCACCGGCUGGUUCGACAAGCGAAGCCGGUGUGGAAAGAUGAUAAAAAUAAGCGGGAACGGGAGGAGCGUGAUGGCCAAAGUGGUGGAUGAGUGCGAUUCCUUGCAUGGAUGCGACGACGAGCACGGUUAUCAGCCGCCAUGUCGUAACAACAUUGUUGAUGCCUCUGCUGCCGUCUGGAAAGCCCUUGGCGUGCCCACUAAUCGUCAGGGAGAUGAUCUUCAUAUCACCUGGUCCAUGUCUUCCUCCUAUUCCUUCCUCACUCUUAAUCAUACCCAUGCCCUUUCCUCUGCAUCCUAA